AUGGGUAUACAGAAGGACAACAGCUCCUUCGGGUGGCUAAUGCCCGGCCGGGGUAAAAAGCCAGUCUUACUCAAGUAUCGCUCAAAUAAGACUUUCAUCCUGUUUGCAAUGUGCUGGUCGGUCUUUACUGAUGUCUUUUUGUACGGGGUGAUUGUUCCCGUCAUACCAUUCGCUCUACGGGACCGUCUUCAUGUGUCAGCUGAGGAUACCCAGCACUGGGUUUCAGUCCUGCUGGCCGUUUAUGCUGCAGCCCUGCUAUUCUUUUCGCCAAUAUUUGGUUACCUUGCAGAUUGGGCCGACUCACGUAAGACAUCAUUGCUUGCCGGACUCUUCAUCUUGGCUGGCUCAACCCUCAUGCUAUGCUUGGGGAAGACAAUCCCAGUCUUGGUGGUUGGACGGAUGUUGCAAGGUGCUUCAGCGUCCGUGGUCUGGGUCGUUGCCCUUGCCUUGCUAGCUGAUACUGUCAGCGAGGAGGAGUCGGGGCAGGCCAUGGGUUAUGUGGGAAUGGCCACAUCUUUGGGCGUCUUGGUUGCGCCUCUCAUCGGUGGAGUUGUCUACGAACGGUCAGGAUACUAUGCCGUGUUCGGAGUAACAUUUGCUGUCAUUGGGGUUGACAUACUGUUCCGUCUCGCCUUGGUCGAGAAGAGACAUGCUGCUAGAUGGCUAGAAGCAGAAACACCCUCGGCGUCAGCAGCACUCUCUCAUAACGACGUCGAGCUUCAGAAUCGCCACGAACCAGAGAUCGAUGCCAGAAAGGAGGCGGGGAGCAGCACCACUGCCCCUUCUGCUGUCGCAUCCCCCAAACGAAAAUUACCACCAAUACUUGUUCUCCUCAAGUCACGUCGCAUCCUGGUAGCGUUCUGGGGCAGCAUGGUGGUGUCGAUGACAAUGACUGCUAUCGACUCGACCCUCCCUCUGUUCGUACAUCAAAUCUUCGGCUGGGAUUCACUCGGAGCCGGACUUGUCUUUCUCGCUCUGAUUGCUCCGACUUUUGUCGGGCCUCUCAUAGGUUAUUGGACAGACAAAUAUGGCCCUCGCUGGUUUGCAGCGUCAGGGCUGCUCUUCUGCGUACCUUUUUGGGUGUUGCUGAGGCUCAUCGACCAUGACAACACCAACCAAAUAGUUCUUCUCUGCGCACUGCUCGUCCUUCUAGGCGCUGCGACCACUCUUGUAAUGAUAUCCUUGAUGGCAGAGUUUAGCAAGGUCUGCGAUGCGAAGGUGCGGCAAGAUCCCGAUUUAUUCGCAGGAAAAUCGGCCUAUGCGCAGAGUUAUUCAAUCUUCAACGUGGCCUGGGCAGCAGGCAGUUUACUUGGACCUUUGAUUGCAGGUGCAAUAAAAUCAUCAUCCGGCUGGAAAACAAUGACCUGGACCAUGGCUCUUUGGUGUGCGGUUGGAGUUUUGCCCACGAUCAUUUGGUCGGGCGGAAGGAUCAAAAAAGGGAAGAGACCAAGCAACAGCGGUGGCAUCCUAAGCGAAGAAAGCACAUAG